AUGUCGUCCUUUUUAUUAGACACACCCCUUGCUAAUGUCUUUCGGUGGCUUGGAACAAGAAAGCUGUUUAGCUUUCCCGAAGAGCGGGAUGACUACGAUUUGGCAAUCGCGGAUGAAGGAUGGAAGCGACACUGCCUAUCAGGCCGACCGGACCUGGAGAGCGUGAGAGCUCAUCUUUGUAUGAACGAGCCAGAAGGCAAAUAUGUCAUGGUUGACUGGUACGGUGCCACUGAUCCGGCAAACCCUCUGAAUUGGCCCAAGCGCAAAAAGUUUGUUGUUUAUUUUAUUAUCCUCUAUAUCUCGGUUGCCGUUUAUAUGUCCGGCUCGAUCUAUUCAGCGGCACAAAGUGAGGUUGAUGAGGCCUUUGGCGUAUCUGCGACGGUCUCAAGUCUUGGGCUUGGGCUUUACGUGUUGGGUUACGGUGUUGGGCCGAUGUUCUGGUCACCUCUGUCUGAGAUCCCAGCUGUUGGACGUAAUAUUCCUUAUCUUGCAUCGUUGACACUCUUCGUCCUGAUUUCAAUUCCAACAGCACUGGCACCCAACAUUGCAUCUUUAUUAGUGCUUCGGUUCCUCCAGGGAUUCUUUGGGUCACCAGUCCUUACCACAGGCGGCGCGUCGUUGGGUGAUGUUAGUAGUGCAUAUGGCAAACCUUAUGCCUUCUACAGCUUGGCAUUGUUUUCUUUAGGAGGGCCUGCCUUGGGGAACACCAUAGCUGGCUACAGCAUUCCUGUGUUGGGAUGGAGAUGGAGCUUGUGGGAGGUUCUCCUAGCCAAUGGGCCCGGACUUGUCCUGCUCCUUUUUCUACCGGAGACUUCCGCAGCCAAUAUUCUGUAUCGUCGCACCCAAAGAAUCCGAAUAUUGUCACUGAAGGAGAUCUACAAAUUCGAGCCUGAAAUGAAAGCGAAAAACACCACUGUGGUAAACAGACUGCACCGAGCCUUGAUCGUCCCCUGGAAGCUGAACGUACUCGACCCCUCCAUUGCAUUCACAAGUAUCUACUGUGGUCUCGUCUAUGCUAUUUUCUACUCCUUCUUCGAGUUCUUUCCUCUAGUUUACGGUAACAUAUACAAUAUGACACUAGGGGAGGUGGGAUUGAUCUUUCUAUCCGUCAUCGUUGCAGUCGGAUUAGCCGGCAUUCCGUACUGCGCCUUUGUCCAUUUCGUCGUCAAUAAAUCAAUCAAAAAUGACAAUCCAAUGACACCCGAAGGACGUCUCCUUCCAUCGCUAUUUGCUUCGGUGCUAAUCCCUGUCGGAAUCCUGAUAUUUGCGUGGACUUCAAGGUCCGACAUACAUUGGAUCGUACCCACCAUAGGCACGAUGCUCGUUUCAGGCAGUGUCGUUAUGAUUAUCCAGUCGGUGUUUGUCUAUAUAACCCUGGCCUAUCCCAGGUACACUGCUUCCCUGUUCAGUGGGAACGGGCUGAUCAGAUCUUCGGUCGCAUUUGCGGGUGUUCUUUGGUCUCACCCGUUGUAUGACGCGCUUGGUGUGAACUGGGGAAUGACUUUGAUGGGCGGUUGCUGUGCGAUAUGCAUUAUUGGCAUCUAUGUACUGUACUACUUUGGACAUAAGUUGAGGGCAAGGAGCAAAUUUACUGAGUAGGCUCUAUGCUCACUCUAUAUUACAUCUGUCCUACAGAAGCUUAGAUACUGUCUCACAGUCUUCCUGUUCCAUUAACGAACGCUAUGUCUAGCAGCAUACUUUCAAUACUAGUCUAGCGAACUCCUGGAGCGUGGUAACUUAACCAUUGCCUAGUUUACGGAGUAGUGAUAAUACAGUAUGUGUUGAUGCCUGCAGGAUAUCGUUUCUGUGGCAUUUCCAGACUAGCUUAAAGCCUCUUGGCAUUCAGGCUUGGAAAAUCAUAAUGAAAAGAGUCACAUAGAAUCAGUGCAUCGGUGUUGCAACCGUGU